AUGGGAUCACAGAAGAGCUUGCUCGAGCGAACCGAUAUGACGUUGCAUUCAUCUGAAUCGAGUGAUUCGACCUCUGGUCAUCGCGACCAUCCACAGGAGCUGGCUGCGCCAGAGGAAGCCAGAGAAACAGAAAAUCACUCUCCCAUCACGAAUAAGUCCGAAAAUCAACAUGACAAUCUUGCAGCAAAGACCUCAAAUAAGAGUUCUCUUCAAAAUGAUAAGGUGCCGUAUUCCAGAUUCGGCAGGCGUCAGAAGCUGACUCUCGUGCUGAUAUGUGCAUCAAGCGGCCUUUUCUCUACGAUUGCAGCGCCCAUAUAUUAUCCUGCUCUGACAACAAUUGAGAAAGACUUCAAUGUAAGCGAAGAGUUGGCCAAUAUCUCUGUGGUUGUAUAUUUCAUAUUUCAAGGCCUGUCACCGACUUUAAUGGGUGGCCUGGCUGAUACAUUUGGGAGAAGACCAAUCGUUGUAUGGUCGAUAGCAUUAUAUUUGGCCGCCUGUAUUGGACUGGCCCGCGCACAAACUUAUGGCGAGAUCUUAUUUCUAAGAUGCCUUCAAAGUGCAGGAAUUUCGCCAGUGAUAGCUGUGAACAUGGGAAUCAUGGGCGAUGUCACGACGAAAGCAGAGAGAGGCGGUUAUAUGGGACUAACAGCUGGAACGCAGAUUCUUGGCUCAGCGUUUGGUGCUUUAAUAGGUGCGGGUAUCACAGCAACAUGGGAUUGGAGGGCUAUUUUUUGGUUCCUUACCAUCGGAUCAGGAAUCAGUUUAAUGUCUUCCUUAUUUCUGCUACCAGAAACUAAACGUACAAUCGUGGGGAAUGGUUCAAUUAUACCAGCGAGCGUACUUAAUAGAGCUCCAAUUACUUUAUUACCAUCAUUUAAAAAAAGAAUGCAUGUCAAUAACCCUGAUUGGGAGACUUUAGCACCUCCCGAAAAAGUAAAACUAUUAGCUCCUCUAGAAAUUAUGAGGUGCCCCGAGAUGGCACUCAUUUUACUCGUUGCAGGCCUUCAAUUUUCACUUUGGACCUGUCAGCUUACAGCUCUUUCCUCAGUUUUAGAAAAAGAGUAUCAUCUUACUGUCGCAAAGGUCGGCCUUUGUUAUCUACCAAGUGGUAUUUGUACUCUUAUCAGUAUAGUUUCGGCAGGAAGAUUGCUAAACUGGAAUUACCGUCGUAGAUUCACAAAGCACGAGAAAUGGUUACUGACAGUCGAAAAAGAGCUAUUACAAGAAUACGAUGACGACACUACUCGCGUUAAACAUAUGAUCAAGACCGAAUUACGCUACAAGUUCAAUCUCUUCCGCGCAAGGCUUGAAAUUGUUAUUAUUCCACUGAUAUUAAGUGGUGGCGGCUUCAUAGCAUUCGGAUGGUGCUUAGACGUACAUGCUCCUCUUGCUACUGUUCUGGUGUUCAGUGGGUUUGCUUCAUUGUUUUCUAACUGUAUAGUCGCAUGCACCACAACUUUGGCAGUUGAUUUAUUUCCACAACGUUCGUCAACAGCUAGUGGCUGCGUCAAUUUCGCCCGAUGCAUAUUAUCCGCAGUGUUUGUUGCAUCUUUGAGUAAGAUGAUGAAAACAAUGACAAUUGGAGGUACUUUCACAUUCAUGGCAUGCCUCACUUUAGCGUCAUCAGCCCUUCUUUGGCUGCCAAUUAAAUAUGGCACUGCUUUGCGUUACAAAAGGCAGCAAAAGAUAGAAUUAAGAGAGAAAGAAAAAGCUCAAAGCAAAGAAGCACAGGAUCUGGAGUCUCAGGCCUCGACCAACAACGAAGAUGCCAGUAGCGAGGAUGAAGGUGAUCUCGAGAUAAUGAGAAGAAUAUCUACCGCGCAUUCCAUCAACGUUUAA